AUGCUUCACUUUAUUUUGUUCAAAGGUUCACAUGGUGGGCAUUGACAUCUUCUCUGGCAAAAAGUAUGAGGAUAUCUGUCCCUCAACCCACAAUAUGGACGUCCCUAACAUCAAAAGAAUGGACUACCAGCUUAUUGGCAUACAGGAUGGCUACCUGUCUUUGCUCCAGGACAGCGGUGAGGUCAGAGAAGACCUAAAAAUGCCAGAAGGAGACCUGGGCAAAGAGAUAGAAAGCAAGUUUGAUGCUGGUGAGGAAAUCCUGAUCACUGUCCUGUCUGCUAUGAAUGAGGAGGCUGCAGUAGCCAUCAAAGCCAUGGCUAAAUAAAACACAGCAGGGUAUCAGACUGAAUCAGACAAUAAAGUUUCGAUCAAGAACAUGGUUGAAACUUAAGGAGCCGAAUUCCACAGAAAGGCCCAAGACAUCAGGAUGUUCGUAAAUCAGAUCCUAGCGCCAGCCAGUCUGAAGCAAGCCUAACCAACCAACUCUUUCACAGAACAGCUUUCAACAUUAACACAAAAGAACACAUUGAUCAUAACUCAGAAAGGAGAUUUUGGGGUAAGUAAACAAGACUUAUGGUCAAAGAGAUGCAUAGCAUGGCCAUCACAUGUAAAUCCAUGAUAGUAAUAACAGUCACAAGCUCUUUGGAUUGACACAAUUCAUGAUUUAAACGUUUCUAUCAAUCAAUACUUUGUCAAAUGUAUCAUUCUCGUUACAGAAAUCAUGUCCAAAAUUAUUCUUUGCAAGAGCGGGAAAAUUCGGACCAUGUGACUGAUAAGACAACGUGAUUUAUGUAUUGGAAGGAGAAACAUCACAACACCCAGAGCACAGACAAAAUCUAAUUGGUCAAGACAACAUUUGGGAUGUGUCCAAAUGUCCGGUUUAAAUAAUCAGGACACCAUCAAAUUUUGCUUUUAUGUCAUGUUUUUUUUAGUCAUAGUUUUAAGCACCCUUUGAGUGUGCCCUGGCUCACAAGCCAGCUGCUCCUCCCAAACCACGAGGAGAAACAUUCUUUUAUUUUAGUUUAGUUUCCUUUCCAUUGAGAGUUUUGUGCUCUGAGUUAAGAUUUGCAACUCCAUGUCUCUGAGUUCACCUCGAGUCUGUGACUGUGACCACCUGAAAACUUUAACCAGCCCACAACUCUGCAUCUUCAGCCGACGCCCAACCACUGGCUUCCAAACAAAUCAA